AUGAUCAACUGUUCGAUUCCACCGCCAGAUCUCACAGUGACGUCAUCGAUUAUUUCUAUUGUCCUUUGCUACAGUAUUGUAUUUAUUAUUGCUUUUGUAGGAAAUUUCUCCAUGUUCCUCAUUUUAUGCCGGAAUCAGUGGAUCAAGAAACGGCGAGUGCAUUCGUUAUUACUUCAAAUGAACAUCGCCCAUUUGAUGGUCACGUUAUUCUACAUGCCAAAGGAAAUCCUUCAUAACUAUACUAUAGCUUGGCAUGGCGGUGAUAUUUUAUGUCGGACGUGCAAAUUUUUCGACGUUUUCGGCAUUGCUUUAUCGAUGAACAUUCUCAUUUGUAUCUCUCUGGAUCGGUUUUAUUCGAUCUUCUUUCCGCUUUAUGCCAUGCGAGCCAGAAAAAGCGUCCAAAAAAUGGUAAUCGUUGCCUGGAUUACCUCAUUUGCCACCAGUGCCCCUCAAUUCUACCUCUUCAAAACUGCCACCCAUCCUUGUUUUCCGUCCUAUACACAAUGCGUGUCUCGAAAUCUUGUCAACGAGAUCUCCACAGGGGUAAGUUACUUAACAUCUGGAACUUGUUUUCAGUUCAACCACUUUUUUCCCUUAUAG